AUGUACUUAGAGCCAUCCCUAGAAUAUGGGCACCCAGAUAUCAUACCUACCAUGAAGGAGCAAAGUACUUUGUGGUUAGAAGACGAGAAGACGGCUACAUGGUGGCAGGAUUCCUCAAGGAACGAGUCCGAGCAUUCAUCCGCAACAACCCGCAGCAAUGGGAGAUGGAAUGCAUCAAUGUCAACAUGUCCAUCGACUGCGCCAGAGGAGCCCAACUCGGAACCGAUGGGCACUGGAUGUUAUAUUUACCCUUCCUCAAUCGACCAACCUAUACUCACCACAGAACAGUACAUGGACCUGGCAACAUUUCUUAUUCCCUCAGAGACGAAGGAGAAGUCGUCUUUGAAUGCGACAUCAACGAAUGCAUCGACUUAUGGAGAGAUGUCAGAAUCGAUCAGUGGACGGUACAAUCACAACGAACAGUGGCAUUAUUCAUCUACUUUGCCGCUCACCCCGACGGAUGGAACGCACCAACCCCAUUCCCUCCACCACCUCCACCAUACUCACCAAGAGACUAUAGACCAGAGUCUCCAUCCUCCAACCAUGACGAUACCAACAUGGAUGAUACCGAUGCUGAUGACAACAGUGACAACAACGACAGCCACAGUAACCCCGGACCUGUCGAUACCAGCCAGCUCCAGCCACAUAGAGGAAGCACCCCUGACGAUGCAAUCAGUGUUACCUCAGAUGCAAGCACAGCCACAGCAGUCGAUCCCAUUGAAGAACCAAAUGAACUCGACGACAUCAUCAGUACUAGUGGAUUCUCCAGUGUCAUCAGUGACAUCCUCAAUAACGAAGACGAAUGGAAUGCUGCCCCAACAGCAGAAUCAAGAAGAGGAUCCCAUUACAACGAUGAUGAUGCAAUUCUCGAAUGGAGAAAUAGAAGUCCUUCUCCAGUGGCUGAAGCAGAAGGAACAGCACUGUACAGAGUCGAUGGAAGAGACAGUGUUAAUGACUUCAGAGAAUUGGUCACUAUCUAUGAUUCCAGCAGCGACGACGAACCAGCCAGACCACCAAGCCCAGACUAUGUGGUCUAUGAACGAACCUUUAUGCCCGAAAUCACCAGAGUCAGACAUAUGGGAAAUAGUAGUAACCUCUCCAGAUCCCAGUUUGAUAGAGAUAUCUCAGAGUCCCGAGCCACUAUCACCGAACAGUGCAGAUCUGAACUACCCACAUGGAGAUUGGAACCAGAGCGAUUCCAGCAGUACCACGGAAAGCCAUCCAAUUUCCAGCCCUUGGGAUACAGAUAUAAUGAAGACCAUGUCCACAGAGAAGACUACUUUGACCACGACUACGACCUGGAUGAAAGAGAGUGAUACGAUUGAAAAGGGGAGAAAUGAGGAGUUAGUUGUAGAAGGAGAAAGGGAAGAAAAGAGUAGUAAGAGAAGUGGCAUAAGAGGAGGAGUGAUAGAAUAUAGCAAUGUCAUAGAAGAAAAUGUAGGAGUAGGAUGGGAUGUUAAGAAGUGGAAAGAAGAAGUAAAAGGGUUUGACUUGGACUAUGCAAGCCCUGAGGAAAUAGAAGAAAUGCUGAAGGAAGCAAAAGAAGAUUUAAAAGGACAAUUCUACGACAAGAAACUAGCAUACAAAUGGGGAAAAGAAAUGGAUAGGAAGUUUCAUGUAGCCAAAAUAGCAUGGAAGGUACUCGGAGAACACUUAAGGCUGAAGUUAGUUCAAACUUAUCGCCUAUACAAAGGAUGCGAAGAGGACAUGGAAAUGGACAAAAUUACCUCAAGACAAUUAAUGCGAAUGUCCUCAAGCCAAGUUAACAAAGAGAAUAAGAGGCGAAGAACUCUUAAACGGCUGAAUUCGCUCCAAUAA